AUGUCUUUAAAAAAGACACAGAUCAGUACUCUUUAUUGUUCACCUCCAGUGAACUCUAUUCCUUCUCCUCAGGUUCCUGAAAUGACCAGGUCUUUACCAAUUGACAUUCCAAUGUCAUCCAACUUUACCUAUGAUGAAUAUGACAAUAUCAAGACAGGAUGGAAUCAUCUUAAGAUGCUUCCAUCCCCUUUAGAAGAUUCCAAUGAAAUAGUUUUGGUGAAAUCACCAUGCACUUUGGGAAGGAUAAAAUCCAUAAAGGUAAACUUAUGUCAUUAUUAUCUCUAUGGUAAAGAUCAUUGGCCAUAUAAUCAAUUACCACCAAAAAUUUUGGAGAAUUUAAUGCUGAAUUUUAUUUGA